GUUGCUGCGAGUUCAGAUCUCCUAUGAAAGUUUACGUGAGCAAGUUGCUGAAACUGAAUUUGUAUUUUUACAAUCGAGGGCGCUGUUGACGAGCUCCUCGAGGCUUCUGGAAUGCUUGAACCUGGCGUCCUUUGCCACCAAGCUGUUCAGAAGCUCUACGCUAUAUCGCCGGAUACGAUUCAAGCUCCUAGAAGGUGCUGUCUGGGAUAGAAGCUCUGUGAUUUUUUCGCAAAGCCGUUGUUCAAAGUUACGUGUGUCGAGCCAGGGGAUUAUGGCUGCUGCCAAACCGAUGGCUGCCUGCUGUUCCUUGUCUGUGGAUUCCAGCACCAUCUGGAUGAUGGGAGAUAUGGCUGCUCCAAGCUCCAACUUUUCUUCGUCGUUAAGCUCACCGCACAAGCUUCGCAAAAUUGUGGCUGCAUGGACUCCAAUUGGCUUGCUUUUGCGCCUGAGGAGCCUCGAGCAAUUGUUGGGACACUGGAGGACGAGCAAAAAUAUGGCUUCCCCGGCUCUCAUGGCGAUGCUCAACUGGUGGCUGUUCGGUGCGGUUUCUCUCGCAAAUAUGGCCAUCAAGCUUUGGAUAACUCCUCCAGUUGCACCAAUGCAAUCUCUAAGCUCGUCCUCGGUUGCUAACAGCUUGAUCACGUCUACUGCCAGAGACCGUCCAGAAUCUCCUCCCGCGCCAGCCAAUGUCCUCAAAAGCUCGAGUGAUCGACGGAAUACUUUUCUCGACGUUCGUACUUCGAGGAAGUUCCAGUCUUCGUCUUGGAUAAACGCAACCAGGAUGGAGAUAAGUCCGCUGGUGUUACCGAUUCGCACGCAUGUCCUGUGGUCCACGGCUAGCCUGUUGAGGAUAGCGAGUCCGUAUCUCUGUUCUUCUGGCACUAUCUUCUCUCCUGCGGUUAAAAGGGAAAUGAUGGCUUCCAGGGAUCCAGGGAUAGCGGAAAUCCUGAAGCAGUUACUCCGGUGACGAAGCAGGUGAUCAUCUCUAAGAGUCUCUCCACAACUCCACAACUACACAGGAGGAAGAAAGAAAAGGUAGAGAAGAAAGUGAAGAAGAAUCAAUGAAGAAGACGAAGAAAGGAGCUAAUUACUUCUGUCCGUGAAGAUGAGUGGAGAGAGCAACUUCAAAGAGCUAAAACUUUCACAUGACAAACGGUCAGACGAGAAACUGGAGCACUAGUGCUGCGAUUCCAGAUUGAUCAAUGUUGUUUGACAACAAUGAUCUGACACACACAAGACUGUUUUCUUCGUCUCGGUAGCGCCCUUUCUACUGUUGCACAACAAA